CCCCCCCCUCCGAAGAAAAACCCAGACUUGAUAUUUUGAAUCCCUCAAGUUUCAGUUUUGGGAAUUGAUUGCAACUUCAAAUGGAAGGAUUAAGCGUAGCAGAUGCUAAUUUGGUGAUGUACUUACACCCCUCUAAGAGCAGGAAUGUUUCCCAGGCGAUCCUCCGUGAGCUUGGCUCUUGGCUCUUCAAGUUCAAUGAAACAUUUGAUGGUGUUUUAUUGGCUUAUGAUGUUAAUAUUAUUGAUAAAAAGACUAAAAUUCUUUCCGGUGUUCAUCCCUAUUUUGCUCUCAAACUAAAAGCAAAUCUCCUCCUGUUUUCACCGAAACCAGAUAUGCUCAUAGAGGGGAAGGUAGUAAAGCUUUGUCAAGAAUCUAUUCAUGUCAUUGUUCUUGGUUUUUCAUCUGCUAUCAUAACAGCUGAAAACAUCCGCGGAGAAUUUAAAUAUAGAAAUAAAGACGGAGAGGAACUAUUUACCAGCAAAUCUCACAAGCGGCAUGUCAUAAAAGUUGGAACCAUGAUUCGUUUUUUAGUCAAGAGUUUUGACGAGGAAAUACUUCACAUCACUGGAUCUCUGAUGCCAGCUCACACUGGAAGCAUUCGUUGGUUAGAUAGGAAUUCGGAGGAAGUUUCAGAAAUUGAUAGGAGUGCUACAAAGGGUAGAGAUAGAGAAUCGCUGGGGGAUAAAACUGUUGGUGAGGGAGAAACUCCCUUGAGCUACAAUAAUCACAUUAAAAAGUCAAAGAAGCGUAGAAUCGCAGAAUGAUAAUGACAUUGCUUCCGUUUACUAAUUGUAUAAGGAGAUAUCUUGUUCUCAGUGCAGGUAGCGGGGAGUGUUGCGGCUGAAGGGUCAUGUAGAUGAUGGUAUAGUGCUUCCCAUAGAUUAUGUCGGUAAGGAAUCGUGCUUUACUGCGGAAGCUUGCUGACAUAUGAUAUCUUCCCUUGAUCCUUUUCUCGUGGUGGUCGUCUUGUUUUUGCGCUAAAAUUGAAAAUUCGGAAUUCCCAAAUUUAGAUAGAUUGCUGAGAAAUGGGUGAUUUUUGUUUCUUGAUGCUGUAUGUCGAUCGACAUUUUUGUACGUUGUAUUACUAUGGAAUUGAUCUUACCUAUACACAUGAUAGCAUUACUCUUAGUGAAUGGAAAUGCUUUGCUUCUUGUUUCGUGA